GGUAGAGUUCAAGGAGCAAUGCAAAAUGGCAGAGAAUUUGGCCACACAGUACUCUAACAAGAAGAGAAUCUGGCAACCACCUUCGGUUCCUUUCCUUUGGGAGGAAAGGCCAGGUAUAGCUAAGAAGGACUGGAAACCGGGAAUCUCUUCUUUUGUUGCUCCAACUCUACCACCUCCAGUCAAGCUCAUAGCUUCAGUUCCCUUUAAUUGGGAGGAAGAGCCUGGCAAACCUCUACCUUGCUUUUCCCCUCCUCCACCUCAAACAGCGCAGCCCUUGAUUUUGCCUUUGCCCCCAGUAUGCUCACAAGGAUGCCCUGAUGAUUCUGACAGCAGUGACGAACAUAAAGGGAUGUUCGAUGUGAACUUUGAAGCAUUUGGUUUUGAAACCGAUGAUUCAUAUAGCUCAGCUCCGUCUCUCCUAACAAACUGCCUCUUAACAUCUGAGAUUAUUUCUACUGCUGUUCCAUUACAGGAAAACUCCCAGGGAAACAAUAGCAGUGACCAUCUGGAAACUCCUUCCUCACCAGCUUCUAAGUCAGAUGACAGUAGUACAAGCAGCUAUGCAACUGGCCCUUUGAGUCUUGUGGGUGCUUCUUUCUUGGAAUGCCUUUUUCCAUUGCUUCCACCCAAGGCUGGUUUCCUUGAAAGGGUUGGACACUCUGAGCAGGGCUCUCAGGCUCCGAGAGAGUUGGAUCAGGAAAGUACAACAACUGCUGUUAUAAGAAGGCCACCAACACUUGGAGAGUUGAUAAUGAUGAGCCGAAGGAGGAGUUACCAGAGAAAGGCCCUUCUAAUGAGAAAGCAGAAUCUAUCGAAGGAAUUUAGGAAGAAGAGAGCAUCAGGAUGCUGCAUCUUCGGAACUAGCAUCGGUUUGAUUGAAGGAUUGGAGUGGAAGAAGCUCCAGCGAAGACUGAAGUUGCUGCAAAAGACGUAAUGCCUUCUCAAAAAAUCAAGAAACGGUGUUUUGCUGUAAAAGAACAAGUAGUCAUAUCCUUGCUAUUUCAACACCAACCUGAAACCAGUUCUCCUGUCCAUCAAGACUAUCUCAAGUUAAUUUAAUGUUAUAUCACAUGCAAAGAAUUUACAAGUUCCAGAAUAUAUGCAACAUUAUAUGUCUUGUUCUGCAAGAACUUUGAAGUGGAAAUAUAUUUGUUGAAUUUUU